AUGGCAUCCACCUCCUCCGGCGGCCAAAACCCGCCUACCACCUCGUCGACUAAUGGCCCGACCCAAUCGACGACGAAUCCCUCCCACCUUGAUCCCAAUGCGCAACUGGCGAACAACGGCUAUGCGUCAACUGAUAACCAACUCGCUGGGUUAGUGGAGGCAGCCACUGCUGCCGCCGACCAAGACAUCUCUAAUUCCGAGUGGGCCGCUGCUGCUGCUGUCGCCGCCGCAGCGGGAGCAGCGGGACAUCACCAGCUGGACGGGUAUGGUGGAGAUAUGCACCUCGGCGAUGAUGGGUUUGGAGAUCCGAAUUUUGUGACGGGCAUGGGUGGUGGAAGACAUCUCAGAGGGCACAACGACUCCUCCAAUUCCGGGCUGACGAGGACGGCCACGAAAAAGCGAAAGAGGAAUGAAGAUGCCCUCGACCCUGCUCUGACAGGCGUUGGUGGCCCGCAAAACCAGCACUCGCAUUCCUCGCAACAAAAUGCACAUGGCUACGGUGGAGACAGUCUUGAUAUUCGCUCUAUGCCGGCUCCCUCCACUGAGGCGCGCGCUGUUGGGGUUCACUCUGCUGCGGCGUUGUUCCGCCAGCCUUCCAGCAAUAAGAAGUAUACGCGCCCGCCUAUGUCGAAACUUUUCACCUCGCUCGAGCUGUCGCCAGAGAAUUUCUUGCAUCUUCAAGCUGCUGCGAAGGCAUAUAUGCUGGACGAGCGGCACCCGGACAGACGCGAGUGCGUUGGUCAACGGGGCAAGGGAGACACAGAGAUGGUGAAGUUGAAGCUGUGGGAGUGUGUCCGCAACUUCUUGGAAGGCGAAGGCAACGGAGAGAAGUUCUUCUCGAAGAAUGUGGUCAACGAAAACAUGGGUCCUCGAACUUAUGUUUGGCCGGACCACCAGGCAAAGAUCAUUGCAUUGGUCAUCCCAUUGCUUAGGCGCAUGGUCACCAACGAACGACAGCGCCAAUAUGCUAUCGAAACUCGGAAGGGAGGUGGCGUGGAAGACCGACGACGCCGCAGGACGGACGAGGGGCUUUCAACCCAGCAUAGCCCACCCUUCUCUCCUGGCCAGCAACUCCAUCUUCAUGGUCAGACUCAUCGCCCUGAAGAUAUGGGACAUGCCAUGCCGCCGCCAUCGGACUCGCAGCCGCCCAUGGAUUCCACACAGGCCAUCGUGCAUCCUGGACUGGCAGAUCUUUGGAUGGACGGAUACACCACUGACUGGAACGAGAUCAGCCGUUCCUACGACAUGUACAACCAUAACUUUGAACUCGACAAUCUGUGCUCUCUGUCUGGUUUGCAACAGCCGGAUUGGCGUGGUUUGGUUGCGGCAGUUGAUAGCCACUACCAGAUAGUCCACAAUGGUGAUUAUCAAUGUGCGCCGGAGUGCGAGAACUACAAUGUUGACCGGAUCGUGCACUCGAACACUACUUCUGAUCUGCCUUGGAGGAUUGGUGGAGGGCGUUCUAUCCCCGCACGCGACGAAUUUGCCAGUAGCAUCACCCGUGAUGUCUCCCGAAUCAUCCGCGAAACCAUCGCCGGUCGACAAAGUGGCGCCCCAGUGACAUCGGACCAGCAAUACAUCCCCGCCCAGCAACCAUUCCACGCCCCAGCAAACGAAAACGGACCCAACCAAGUCUCACUCCGGGUAAACGUUCUCCAGCGCGGAAAGCGAAUCCUGCCACGCCUGGAUCUCCCUGCUUUGCAGUGCAAUAAUGCCGACGUGGUCAAGCAGCUCGUUCUACGCCGCUACCCUGGUCAAUUCCCCGGUGCUUCUUUCACGGAGGGAUCUGACGCUGCCGCUCAGGAUGCGACUGCGGACUGGAAAAUGCGCGUCUGGCUCCCUAACGGUCUGACUCUGGUUCAAAGUGAUAGGGACUGGACGAUUGCGCUGUUGUCUGCUGAUACGGUGGAUUGGAUGGAUGGGGAGUUGAAGUUGUUGAUCGAGAUCGACGGGGAGUUCCAGCAGUAG